AUGGCAGAGGCCCGUAGAAAUAAUGGCAACGCUCUCCGUCUAGUUAAUCUCUUUAAGAUCUUUUCCUCCUCCCAUAUUCCUCUCUCUUCUCCCCAUCUCAUCACCAAUUUCAUGGACUCUCGUGAUUCCUCCCAGGGCCGCACCACCAACCGCCUCGCCCUCGUUCAGCAACAGCUCUCUGCCUCCAACCGAUCCACCUCAACAUCCACCACAUCUACACCCUCCACCACUCAACCACCCACCAUGUCUCGCGAUCCCAUCACCUGCCACUGCCUCAACACGUUGACCGGCACACCCGCCGCCAACCUGCCCGUCACGCUGACCCUGCUAUCGGCGCCCGCCUCGCCCUCCAGCCCUGUCACCUUCCACGCCACGACCAACGCCGACGGCCGUGUCGCAAAGUGGACGCCCACUGGUGCCAGUGCCAGCGCCGCCUCCUCUGUCCCGGAGAUCCUGGCUGCGCUGCCCGCCGCGGACAGCAAGACCAAUUGGGCGGUGCGCUUUGAGGUUGGGCCUUGGUAUGAGGCUCAGGGUAUUGAGAGCUUUUGGCCGGAGGUGGAAGUGAAGUUUACGGUUAAGGGCCGUGGACGGGAUGGCGAGGAGGGUUGGCGCCAUUAUCAUGUGCCCGUGCUGUUGGGGCCUUGGAACUACUCGACUUACCGGGGUUCUUAA